CUUCUUCACUAUAAAACCACCCACACUUCAUUUCUCUCUUUAUUAAAAAUAUUAAUAAUUACUCCCUUUUUCCCUUCUUUCUUUAUUCUUUUCUUUUCUUUUCUUUUCUUUCUUCCCUCUUUCCUUCUUCCUACUUUUUAAUGUUCUUUUAGGGAAGAAAAAAGAAAUCACGAGUGUGAGUGAGUGCUACCUUUCAAACUCGAAAAGAUGGAGAAAAUCAACUUUGUCAAAAAUGGUGAAUUGAAAAUGCCACCAGGUUUUCGUUUUCAUCCAACCGAUGAAGAACUUGUUCUUUCCUAUUUGAAACGUAAGGUCUUCUCUCUCCCUUUGCCUGCUGCAAUCAUCCCUGAAGUUGAUCUCUGCAAGUCCGACCCAUGGGAUUUACCCGGUGAUUUGGAACAAGAAAGGUACUUUUUCAGUACCAAAGAAGCGAAAUAUCCGAAUGGGAACCGAUCUAACAGAGCCACAAAUUCUGGCUACUGGAAGGCUACUGGUUUGGACAAACAGAUUAUUAGCUGGUCGAAAUCUGAGGUUGUCGGGAUGAAGAAGACUCUUGUUUUUUACGGCGGUAAACCACCUCAUGGUUCCAGAACUGAUUGGAUUAUGCAUGAGUAUCGUCUUGCUCCUUCUCACUCUAACCCUAUGAAUGAAAACUGGGUUCUGUGUCGCAUAUUUCUGAAGAAAAGAGCUGGUACUAAGAACGGAAGAGAAACAGACACUGUGAAACCAAACAUCAUGGUCAACGACAACAACCUUGGCAAGGUGGAUAACUCAGGUUCAAAGGUUGUUGUUUUCUAUGAUUUCUUGGCACAGAGCAACAACAACAAGACUGUUGCAUCUUCAAUCUCACCAGCUACAAGUGGAAUCACAGAUGAAUUGAAUGAGCAUGAAAAUGAAGAAAGCAGUAGCUCUUAACAAACAUUGAAUUUAAUGUUUGGUUUAUUAAUUAUCUUUUUAUUAUUAUUAAUAUUAAUAUUAUUAUUAUUAUCUAUGUAAGUAGUAAUUAUGUUAUGCGGCAUUAAGUUUCACAGCUCGAAAGAGUACUAAUGUAAUAUGUAAUAUUAAUAUUAAAAUGGAAAUGGAAUUUUUUUAUUUUCCUUUA